ACAUAUCCAAAAUUCCAAUCACUUCCCGUGCUUAAUUUGCAUGCAAUUUUCAUAUAUUAACAUAAAAUCAAUCAACAAUAAUGUCUCCUUGAUUUAAGUUGUACUUUACUCGUUUUCUUUUUCCUCUCCUUUGCCUAUAAAUAGCACCACACACUUCCCAACCCUUCCCUCACAAAAACGAGUGAUAGAUAACUAAUUUCUUUGUUUCAUUCUUUCCCACUUUCUACCACAGAGACUAGUGAUCGAUUAAGCAACUUAACACAGAAUUGCAUAUAUGGGAAACACUUGUGCACCAACUCAAUACGCAAGCAAAGGCGGAAACCAUAGUUGGCAAUCCACGGUGAACAUAGUUCACUUAGAUGGAAAGUUGCAACAAUUGAAGGAGUCAAUUAAGGCAUGGAAAGUGUUGUCUGAGAACCCAAACUGCUACAUAUGCUGCUCAGAAUCCAUGUAUGUUGGGUCACCGAUGCCUCCUUUGGCUCCAAGUGAAGAGCUUCAAUUGGGUCUCAUAUACUUCCUUGUUCCAAUUCCCAAAUCAAGAAUCCCACUCUCUCUUCAGGACUUGGGGGCACUAGCCAUCAAGGCUAAUGCAGCUCUUGCUGCUGCUGCAACACCUAAUAACAACUACCCUAUCUUAAAACCCAGUUCACAAAAAAAGUUCCGCACACACCCUACUUUUUCUAACGUUUCUAUGGGAUAUUCCCAUUAGAUCUUCGAAGAUGGGUUUGAAGGUUGAAUUGUGAUAUAUUCUUCACCUAUGCAUGUUGUAAAAGCUGCGGAUUCUGCUUGAUGAUGAUCGAUGGUGAUGAAGUUAAGCGACAGGAACUAUAUAUCCUUAAUUGCAGUAGUUGCAGACAAUUGCAGUUGCAGUUUACAAGUCCUACAGAAACUUUCAUGAUAUAGAAUGAAGAAUUAUGAUAGUUGAAAGGUGACAUGAGCUAAGGAAUUUAGGAGACGGAGACGGAGACGGAGACCAGAUCAAUUCCUCUAUACUUUGGAAUACAGUACACAUGUACAACUUGUAUAAGCCAAAUCCAACUUGUAUGCUAUGAGAUAAUAAACAUUUGUGCCACAUAAUUAUUUCAUUUAUAAAAAUAAUAUUAAUUUUUUCCACUUAA